AUGGGUUCUUCUAGUGAAACCGGAGGGGCAUGGAGUGUCAUGGAAGAUGUUAGCUUGUGUGAGUCUUGGCUCCACAUUAGUCAUCCCGUAACGGGCAAUGAUAUGAAAUUCUGUCAUAUGUGGAAAAAAAUUCAUCAGGAUUUUUGUGAAAGGGUAAUUGGUUCGACCCGUACAGAUCAGGCACUAUCUAGUAAGUGGAAAAUUCUUAACAAAGAGUUGGCGAAAUGGAGGGAUGCCUUGGCAAAGGCGAUGGACAACCAUAGAAGCGGGGAAAACCUUACCAGUGAGGUAAAUUAUUUGUAA